CCCCUUCAACUCAUUAUCCGCCUCCUCUUUUCACCUCCACUCCAAGGACCACAUAAAUUUGGGCCGGCAGUCUAGGCAGAGGGGGUCCCCGCUUACACACACAUCUGGACAGCAGCUUGCAAGAUGCGUCUUUUGGCUCUAUUGUGGACUCUGAACUUCCUUCUCAAAGAAGGACACACAUGGGGCUACAAGAACGGCAUAUUUCACAACUCCAUCUGGCUGGAACAAGCAGCUGGGGUGUACCAUCGGGAGUCACGGAAAGGGAGAUACCAGCUGACAUACAAGGAGGCCAAAGCCGUGUGCAAGUACGAGGGAGGAAAGAUGGCCACAUACGAGCAGCUGGAAGCCGCUCGGCAAAUAGGUUUCCAUGUUUGCGCUGCGGGAUGGUUCGAUACAGGACGCGUUGGCUACCCCAUUGUCAAAGCUGGUGCUAACUGUGGCUUUGGAAAGGUUGGCAUCAUCGACUACGGUUACAGGCUUAACAAAAGCGAGAGAUGGGACGUAUACUGCUUCAAUCCGAGCUCCAAAGAAUGUGGCGGCGUUCUGACUGAUCAACAGCGGCUCAUCCAGUCUCCUGGCUUUCCAGAGGAUUACCAAGACGAUCAGAUCUGCUACUGGCACAUCCGAGCACGUAUCGGCCAGAGAAUCCUCCUCCACUUCAUAGAUUUUGAUGUAGAGGAUGACACAGCCUGCUUGGCAGACUACCUGGAAGUGUAUGACAGUUAUGACGACGUGUCCGGCUUUGCUGGAAGAUUUUGUGGUGAUUAUUUACCUGAUGACAUAAUCAGCACAGGAAACGUGAUGACGCUGAAGUUCCUUUCGGAUGCUUCAGUCACCGCUGCGGGCUUCCAGUUACAAUACUUUGCCAUGAAUUCAUCUGUUUUGUCACAAAAUUACUCUGACUAUUUCCACUGACCAACAUAAUUGUCUUUAAUAACCGUGAUUAUUGAAGACCUAUUCCUCCUUAUUAAAUGUCUUUACAUUGUUGUUUCUAACCCUGAAAUGUAAGUGCCUCUAGGUGUGUUAAGACUGACUUCUGCCAAUUUAUGAUGAAAGUGCAGGGCGUUAUACAACAUAUGAAUUAAUAAAAUGAACUA